AGUGUAAUGUUCAAGUUCAGAAAUGCCUUAUGUGGAUCGUCAGAAUCGCAUUUGUGGUUUUCUCGACAUUGAAGAAAAUGAAAACAGUGGAAAAUUUCUUCGGAGGUACUUCAUUCUGGAUACCAGAGAAGAUAGUUUUGUGUGGUACAUGGAUAAUCCACAGAACCUACCUUCUGGAUCAUCCCGAGUUGGAGCCAUUAAACUCACCUACAUUUCAAAGGUUAGCGAUGCAACUAAGCUAAGGCCAAAGGCAGAAUUCUGUUUUGUUAUGAAUGCAGGGAUGAGGAAGUACUUCCUACAAGCCAAUGAUCAACAGGACCUCAUAGAAUGGGUAAAUGUGUUGAACAAAGCUAUAAAAAUUACAGUACCAAAGCAGUCUGACUUGCAGCCUCCAUCUGAUGUUCUAAGUCGCCAGGGUGACUGUGCGAGUGCCAAGAAGCAAGUGUCGUACAGAACUGACAUCGUGGGUGGUGUCCCCAUCAUUACGCCGACUCAGAAAGAAGAAGUCAAUGAAUGUGGUGAAAGUGUGGACAGAAAUCUGAAACGGUCACAAAGCCAUCUUCCUCAUGCCACUCCUAAGCCACCUCCAGACAGCGCAGUUAUCAAAGCUGGGUAUUGUGUUAAGCAAGGAGCUGUGAUGAGAAACUGGAAGAGAAGAUACUUUCAAUUGGAUGAAAACACAAUAGGCUACUUCAAAUCGGAACUGGAGAAGGAACCUCUCCGUGUAAUACCGCUUAAAGAGGUUCAUAAAGUCCAGGAAUGUAAGCAAAGUGACAUUAUGAUGAGGGACAACCUCUUUGAAAUUGUCACGACGUCUCGAACUUUCUACGUGCAGGCUGACAGCCCUGAGGAGAUGCACAGUUGGAUUAAAGCCGUGUCUGGAGCCAUCGUCGCACAGCGGGGACCCGGCCGGUCAGCAGCGUCUGUGCGGCAGGCCAGAAGGCUGUCGAACCCUUGUAUUCAGAGGUACACAUCCAGCACGAGUGAACGCAGCACGCACGUGGGCGCUCAGGCAAACGUGCCUUCUUACUAGAGGGCCGGACUCACUCACUGCUCACAACCCGUCCUGUCAAGAGCAUUCCACCUGCCCUGCAGAGUCCACACAUGCUCUCCGGCCCCCCCGUGCCUCCUCCGCAGCCCCCUCACAUUCCACGGCCACUCGCAGCAGCUCUCUGGUCUCAAGCUUUGCCGUGGAGAAACGAGGAAUUUACGAGUCUCUUGCCAAGGUCAAGCCAGGGAACUUCAAGAUGCAGACUGUCUCUCCAAGAGAACCAGCUUCCAAAGUGACUGAGCAUGCUCUGUUGAACCCUCCCAGUAAAAACGGUCCUCAGGAAAAAGAUGGCGGCCCCGUGGACUUGGAUGAUGCAAGCCUCCCAGUCAGCGACGUGUGAAGAUGGAAUCGUGGCGCCUGCCUGCCUCAUCCGUCCCUUCGUUCCCUCUAUGGAGGCUUCUCGCCAAAGAUGCUAAAGGGUGAAAUGGUUUUUAAUGCACAUGUUAUACUGCCUCUUAAAUGCUCUCUAUCUAAGUUGAUCAAUCAAGACUCUUAGGGAGUGGCCAAA